AAUGUGCUCUGCCGGUGCUCGUUCUCACUCUUUCUCUCCCAAAUCCAAGAGAGAUCUACCGGUAGAAGAGAGAAAGGUAGCGGAGGCAAGUGAAAAGCUGUGGCGCCGAGGUGAUUUGUUUCGGAAGCAGACACGCUUUCGCCGCUAGAUAUCUCGCCGUGCUCCUCUACGCCGCCCCCGUUUCCGGCGAGGAACGUCGCCUGUUCGCGUCGUAGUGCGAGGAAGUCCCACUUCCAGCUGGGAGCUGCUACGCCCCGUUGCUUUUCAGAUCAGGAUGGGGGGCUCAGGCUGGGAUUUUCUCUGGGGCGCUAACUAUUUCCUCAGGAGGAUACGCUGGCCUUUUUAUGCUACACCUAUAAAAGGAAAGAACAAGCGACAGGACAGUGAAGUAGAAUUAUUGAGCAGGUCAGUGAGGAGUGAGGACAGGACAGGACAGGACACCCUUGAUCGGGAAAACAAAAGUAUACUCGCAACCCAUUCUGAGAAAUUAGAAAGACUUGAAAAUUAGCUGCUUAGCUGGAGAGCUCGCCGUGUUAGCAUCAAGUAACGACGACCUCGCUUCCAGGCUUGGUCAAGAUCUAAUCUCGUACUUUUAAUCACAAGCCAUGUUAUAGCUUAGUCCACGGCCUCUUCAUCUCAUCUUGCAGAUGCAUAAGAUCGCUGCAUUGCAGUAGGCCUUAAUCGGCUCUGGAGAGGAACAAUGGCUGGUCAUAAGUGCAUAGCCGGCGAUAAGUGCAGACGCUACAAAUGGCCAGAAGUAAAAGAUAUCAAUGACUGUGGCACUUUUGGGGGGGCUGUCCAUGGUAACCAGAGGGUUGGGCUUUCUUGUGGUUACUUGGACCACCGUCGUCCUUCUUGGUGGCUUCGUCUCGUUGCUCCAGAAGAAGGAUUUUUGGUCUCUCACAGUGAUUACAUUCAUAGAGCUAGCUGGGGUGGUCGAUAACUUUGGGGGUGACAAAUGGAACUCAUUUGCAGCAACACCAGCAGGAAUGGAUGCGUUGGGUGUGGUAUUUAUGCGGAGACGGUUGGCUAGUACGUGCUUUGUUAGUACGACGGCAUCAGGAAAUAUCGUAAGAGUUGUAGUGUUUGUUAAAGUUCUUCUAGGAUGGAUUGCACAUUUUAUCCAAGGAGGGACAUACAUGGUUGCGCUUAUCGGUGGUCAUUUUGGUAUCUUCCGAUGGGGGGUGUACAUCGCCACCGGGGUCUCCCUGUGGCGUUUAAAACAGCAUGACUACGGGAACACAGAUGGAGAUUCUAGCAAAGCAAACAUGAAGCCAUCACUUGAUGUCUUGUACAUCAUUGUUGUCGUCCAAGGUGCAAUCUCGGUCUACAGAAGAAUGCUCAAUGUUCCACUGGAAAAUGUAGUGACCAUGGUGGCCGAAGCAUAUGGCUUCAAAGGUCCAAGUGUAGCAUUAGUUCGGGAUUACAUGAUAGAAACCCGGAGGGGAUGCGGGAAGAACCCGUCCUUUGCGAAAGGAAGGAACCUGGUGACAUAUGCUGUGGUCCUGAUGGCGCAUGACAAGUCGCCUCAAGACUACCUCUCCGGGUUGAAGAUCCUGAGCACAAUCCUCGGGCCAUUUGACCAGAUGAACUCAAAGAAGUUUAAGAAGCAGCGCAUGCUAAUAAGACAGCUUAUCUUGUACGCCCUGUCCAGCCACAUCUUCCGCCGUCUGUUGGUCCUGUCAAAUCCGAGAAGCUUCCCAUAUGGCACAGAAAAGAGUGCACAAAGAGAGAUGACGAAGCACGCUGCGAGUAUAGUGAUGCACAUAGCAGACGGGGCCAGUGUGGAGCUGAUUCCCCAAGUGAUCCAGUGCAUGUCAUCACUGAUGGGCACAUUCCAAGAACAUCAGCGAUUGUUUUCCUCAAACAGUACCCGUCAUGACAGGGAUUAUGCCAAGGAGGAGGAGGACUACCUGGAGCGGUUGUGGGAAUGUCUGCACGUUCUUUACGUUCUCGCAGCCGACGAGAACAAUUGUAGACUCAUCAUCCACACUCGAGGUCUGCUCACCAAGAUCAUGACACCUCUAGCCUCCAACCUUUACCACCAAACUGAUCAUGAUACUUGGGAAAACUUACUAAAGGAAUCACUGAAAGUGAUACACCGGCUCACAACUACUUAUGGUCAUGGAGAAGGGGAAACAGGGGCCAAGCUGGUUCACGAAAUCGAAGCCAACCUGGAAGUGGAAACAGUCGACACCAUGAUGAGGAUUCUCAGGUGUGAUAUAUGUUCUCGACAGAUGGGAAAAUUGGCCAUGGGGAUUCUCACCAAUCUACACGCGCAGAUGCAGACCUUAGACAAAGAAUAUUUAACCGAGAUGCUGGUGCACAUCUACAACACUGCCGCCAACUCCAGAACAUCAGCACUUCAAGCUCUGGCGACACUAUGUUUCCAGGACGGAAGUAAUGCCACGAUUAUCUUACAAGUAAAUGAUUCUACAGUUUCCUCUUUCACAGAGGAUCUCAAAGCUUUAAGUGAUGGAUACCAUAGUGUAGCAGAAAUUCUACAGCAUGCAUGUCACCAUUACACUAGGGAUGAUAAAUUCCUCAGGAUACUCAAGGAAUCCAUGACCGACAUGAUGCCAAAGCUGCUUAGCAAAAUACUUACAGUAGAAGCAACACAAACAGGUCAACAAGGUGACGCUUCGCAACCUAAUGGACAGAGCAGGAGGUCUUCUUCUCUUCAGGAACAUGACGUCCAUAAAACAGAGACAGCUCUAUUAUCCCUUUGUGUGACAAAUACAUGAGACAUUCAUCAGCGCUGAUCAGUAUUUGGCUGUUCAGUUUGAUGAAGCAAUUGGUGAAUUUAGCGUUCCAGUGAAGCUCAGGGAGAUGGUAGAGAGAAACAGUGAGCCCAAGGCCAGUUGCCUGAAAAUACUUAAGCUUACCAGCAGGAUGGUCAUAUCAAUGAUGAAAUGCAGAGGUAGCAGAUACCAGAAACCAGAUUCUGAGAGCUUGGUGGAAGCACUGUUGAAGGCUUGUAGCAGAAACAUGUAUUUUAUUGACAGAUCCAUGGAUUUCGCAAGAGGUGACAACGCAGUGAAGCCAAGGAAGCCUGGCAGGAUUCUUGCGUCCUUCGUCACAGAAGCAAUGGAGCUUGUUCGCGACUAUGGGGAGCCGGAAGCCAUGUCGCUGUCUACCAUAGUCGGUGCGGAGCUCUCAUCAAAUUAAGAUUUAUCAUUCGCCUGCUUAUUUAAUCUUUGUGUUGCCUGUUAAUCUUAUAACCAUGCCAAGAAUCCACUGUGUUAUGCCAUAUCUCAGUCUAUUUCUGAAACUAGUACCAUGUUAAGAUUCAGCUAUGUUAUGUCAUAUACUCAUCUACUAUCUCAGUGUACCUCUGAAACUACUACUCCGUGCCAUGUUAAGAUUAAACUAUGCUACGCCACUCAUAUCUCGGUGUAUCACUGGAAACUAGUAUCAUGUCA